AAAAAAUAAAUUAAUAGUUUUAACUGCAAAUUUUGACAUUUUCAUGACGUCUCGUUUGAUCUACACAUAUUGUUUGACCUCUCUCUAUCUCUAAGUUUACAUAUUCGCUAAUGCGUUGAGCUCAAAGCAUCCACGACAAGAUAAGUAGAAAAAAAAAGACAUCCUUUUUUGGUUCUUCUUCUUCUUCUUCUUCGGACAAAAAGGUCAGUUUUUGCUUUUUGGUUCUCGUGCUUUGAUUUUUUUUAUUUGUUUAUUGAGAAGAGAAACAGUUUCUUAACCGUAAAUCUCUCUACUCAAAUCUGUACAACCCAUGUGAGGACUUUUAAAGCCAAGAUUUCAACUUGUUUGUUUUUAGUAAUUUUAAAAGACUUGUGUGUUUGCGGAGAGCUUCAAAGUUUUCGUAAUUAAGAAUUAAAUUCCAGCUCUUCUUUACUUAUUUUUGAAUUUACUCUGUUUCGAAUCUUUAUAUGUUUCAGGAAGAAGGUGUUGACUGAUUCUUAAGAUGGGUUUGUGUUAAGUUUGUGAGUAUAGUUGAAAGUUUCAGUUCAAUUUCAAUGGAGCCUCCAAUAGGAUUUCGAGCUUCUUUAUUCCAAUUCUUACUCUUCCUUCCUUAUUUCAUUGGAUUGCUAUUUCUGGGUUUCAUCAAAGGUAUUGUUUUGUGCCCACUCGUAUGCCUCGUUGUGACUAUAGGCAACUCCGCGGUCAUACUGAGUCUUCUACCAGUCCACAUCGUUUGGACUUUCUAUUCAAUCGUGAGUGCCAAACAAGUAGGACCAAUCUUGAAGAUCUUUCUAUGCUUAUGUCUUCCUGCUGCCAUCAUUCUCUGGCCUAUUGUUGGUAUUUUAGGAAGUGUUUUGGGAGGAGCUUUAUAUGGUUUCUUCUCCCCAAUUUUCGCCACCUUUGAUGCUGUUGGUGAAGGCAAGCCUUACCAGUUUUUCCAUUGCUUUUAUGAUGGAACUUGGAGCACCAUGCAACGCAGCUUCACCGUUGUUCGGGAUUUUAAAGAUGUUUGCUUUCAUUCAUACUUCUCACUUAUGGAUGAGCUGAAACAAAGCUGUCCGGAUCGAAAAUAUUAUGAAAUAAGGCUACUUCAACUUCCAGGGGCUUUAGUAGUUUCAGUUCUCGGGAUACUUGUUGAUCCUCCGGUUAUCUCACUUGUAGCCAUAUGCAAAAGCCCUUAUAUGUUGUUCAAAGGAUGGCACCGUUUGUUUCACGACUUGAUUGGACGGGAAGGUCCAUUCUUGGAGACAAUGUGUGUCCCCAUAGCAGGCCUCGCGAUCUUACUCUGGCCUUUGGCUGUCACGGGCGCGGUUAUUGGAUCAGUUAUCUCUAGUAUCUUCCUUGGUGCUUAUGCAGGAGUAGUCUCAUAUCAAGAAUCAUCUUUUUACUAUGGACUCUGCUAUAUAGUUGCCUCUGUCUCCAUUUACGACGAGUAUAGCACCGAUAUACUUGACUUGCCUGAAGGUUCUUGUUUUCCAAGGCCGAAAUAUCGAAGAAAGGACGAGGAACCAACGCCUUUUUCUGGUCCUGUACCAAGACUAGGCUCUGUCAAGAACGCGUCAUCGAUGAGAGGAGGAUCAGUCAGAGUCCCUAUGAUUGAUAUUAAGCCUCUCGAUCUGUUGAAUGAGCUCUUUGUGGAAUGUAGAAGAUAUGGAGAAGUUUUAGCGACAAAAGGACUGAUAAACUCGAAAGAUAUCGAAGAAGCGAGAUCUAGUAAAGGCAGCCAAGUGAUCAGCGUUGGUUUACCGGCUUAUGGACUUCUUUACGAGAUUCUUCGCUCAGUCAAAGCCAAUUCUUCCGGCUUGUUACUAAGUGACGGUGUAACUGAAAUAACUACCAUGAACCGCCCAAAAGACGUCUUCUUUGAUUGGUUUCUGAAUCCGUUUUUGAUACUAAAGGAGCAAAUGAAAGCUACAAACUUGUCUGAGGAAGAAGAAGAGUACCUCGGAAGAUUAGUUUUGCUAUUUGGAGAUCCAGAGAGGCUAAAGAGCUCGAAUGCCAUUUCCGCGUCUCCUCCUCUCACCGAACGUAAAAGAGCCGAACUCGAUGCCUUUGCUCGCAGGAUGCAAGGGCUAACGAAAACGGUAUCAAGAUAUCCAACAUUUCGUCGACAUUUUGUGGCAUUAGUGAAGAAACUAUCGGAAGAUUUGGACUUGAAAGACAACAAUUCGGCUAAGGACGAAUCGAUAACAGAACCGCCAGCUCCGGUUAAGAUCAUUUCGCGGAUAUUCAGUCAGAGAUCGUUCAGAAGAAAAGGAAGUGUCAAUGGAUCUGAUCAAGAAUCGCAAAAGGGUGUCUCAAGGAAUGUAGAUAUAGUUUAAACAUGGAACGUGUGGUGUGGAUAUUUGAAACUUAAAACGCAUUUAGUUCUUUGCUUUAUAAACUUUGUCAUUCCUUGUAAAGAUUUUUCAGACGUUUUUAUUUAUUUAUAGAACAGUGUAUGUUUUCGUUUAUGAAACUGCUCAAUUUUGUUGUUGGUUAUCAAAUACUAUCAAGUAAACAUCAUUAUGUAACAA